UCAAGAAAUAGUUCAACUUUAUGCUGAAAUGCUAUACUGUGAAAAGUCGUCUCUAAAUAACAUCCUUCAACAUAACCACAUCCUCUCUCUGUUCCUCCAGCAUAUGCACGAGGCUGUGGAGCUGAAGCAGCAGCUGCAGAUAGAGCAUGAGCAAGCCUUGGUGGCCCUUCACACCAAGCAGAAGGAGAUUAAUCAACUGCAAAAGGUCAAGGUUCGUGACCUGGAGCAGAAAUGCAGGUCACAGAGUGAACACUUCCACCAGCUGUACAACGAGCUGCUGAGUUUCCGUUUGCAAUCAGAUACUGGGGACAUCCUUAUAAGUAAUUCUGCCUCCACAUCCCAGAUCCCUCUCUCAUCAGAGAAGCACCUCUCACAAGUCAUCGUUGGAUUUGAAGCCCGGCCGGAGACAGACGAUGAGAGCGCGGCAAACACGCCUCCACUGAUCUCCAGGUUCUCGCCCUGCACACCACAGACUGGAGACAGAAAAAGACCAGAACCGCUGUCUGUCAAAUCCAGCACCGUGACAACGGACCGCCCCAACAACCCUCGACAGCGGACCCCCACAGAGAUGGAGGAUGAGGCCAGCCCAUCAUCCAGGUCCAAGGCUCGCUACACAGGCCAGGUCCGCCUUUGCACUGCCCGAUACAGUUAUAACCCUUAUGAUGGACCAAACGAGCAUCCAGAAGCAGAACUCCCCCUUGUGGCCGGGAAGUAUCUGUACGUGUAUGGAAACAUGGACGAUGACGGCUUCUAUCAAGGGGAGUUGCUCGACGGCCAGCGAGGACUUGUUCCCUCCAACUUCGUGGAAUUUGUCCAAGACAAGGAAAAACUAGCAAUUGAGGCGAGGGAGGGAGGAGACGACCCGGGCCCUCUGGACCAUAUGUCCCUGGCCUUGAUUCCAGUGGACGGAGGGGCCUCCCAGGACGGCCUCAUGAGCUCAGCCUUGGUUCCCUGUAGCAAUGGGACAGGGGGGCCCAUGGACCCUGAGGACCUGGCUGAAGACGUUGUGCCUUAUCCCCGAAAGAUCAACUUGAUCAAGCAGCUGGCACGGAGCGUCAUCGUGGCCUGGGAGUCUCCACGAGUGCCUUUGGGCUGGGGGAACAUCUCUGGCUACAACGUGUUGGUAGACGGGGAGCUUCGUGCCAGCACGAUGUACGGCGGCCGGACCAAGUGCUUGCUGGAGAAGCUGGACCUGGACGGCCGCGUCCACCGCGUGUCGGUGCAGAGCGUCACGGACCGGGGCCCUUCAGACGAGCUGCGCUGCACCUUGCUGGUCGGGGCCAACGUGGUGGUCGCGCCGUGCGGUCUUCGGGUGGACGACAUCCAGCGCGACACUGCCGAGCUCUCCUGGUUGCCAAGCAACAGUAACUACGCUCACAACGUGUUCUUGGACGGGGCCGAGCAUGCGGCGGUAAAGCCAGGGAGGUAUAGACUACGCUUCGUCAACCUGAAGCCCCUGACAGUUUACAAAGUGACGGUGGUGGCACAGCCGCACCAGGUGCCAUGGCAACUGCCGCUGGAGCAGAGAGAAAGGAAAGAAGCGGGUGUGGAGUUCUGCACUCAGGCUGCAGGUCCAACACCAUAUUGCAGAACAGGCCCCCCCCAGCCUCCCAAUGAUGUACAGGUGCUCUGUGGGCAGGCUCCAGGGGUCCUACAGGUCCGCUGGAAGCCCCCCAUCCUCUCUCCCACAGGCACAUCUAAUGGGGCAAAUGUCAUUGGUUACGCAGUCUGCACUAAAGGACAGAGGAUAGCUGAAGUGUUGUUCCCAAUGGCAGACUAUGUGUCUGUCGAGCUGACGAGGAUUCAGUGCCUGGAGGCCAGCGAAGUCAUUGUGAGGACGCUGUCAGUGCAGGGAGAAUCCCAGGACUCCCUGGUCGCUGUCAUUCCAAACAACCUCCUCGUGCCUCUACCUGCAAUCCCCCUGCCACCGCCAAUGCACCCCCACGCUGGCCCCCCUCCACACCCCCAUGCUCUGCCCCACCUCCAAUCCCCUCACCUUCCUCAUGCCCUGCCCCAACUGUGUGCUCCACCCCAGGAACACAUACAACAAGCCCCACCCCAUCUUCCUCACCCUCAACCUCAUCCUGGACUUCCCCACCCAGGUGGACCCCCGCAGCCCCUUCUCCAACCCCAACCCCAACCCCAGCCCCAGCCCCAGCCCAUACACCUUCAGCCUCGCCAUCCACACCAAGGUCCCAGGCCCCUGCACCAACUGCCUCUGCUCCCCCACCCCCAUCACCACCCUAUACCUCAGAGACCAUUAUGUGCUAGAGAUCUGGAAGCCAAAGAGCACGCAGCCCACCAUGGGGGGGCUUUUCCACCUGGUCAGCCUGGCUGGGACCCAAAUCGCUCUCCCACUUCCCAGCCUCCUGUGCCCAUGCAAGGCAACACCCUUGAGGCCCCACCCUCAGCCAAUCCACGUUCCCCCUCCCCCCAGAGGAUUCUUCCUCAGCCCCGAGGAACGCUCAUCCCGGACACUGUGGCCAAAGCCAUCGCCCGAGAAGCAGCGCAGAGGGUGGCAGCCGAAAGUGGCAAGGUGGACAGGAGGCAGGGCACAUUUGGGGAGCAGGAUCGUUCAUUUCACCAGCAUCAUUCUGAUGAGGAAGAGGAAGAUGAAGAAGGUUUUGCACGCGGCCGUCGGAGAGGACCCUCUGUGGACGAGUUCCUCAGAGGCUCUGAGCUCGGGAGGCCGCCUCACUAUAGUCACAAUGAAGAUUAUGACAGCGAAAGCAGCCGGGGCUCUGACCUGUCUGACAUCAUGGAAGAGGAAGAGGAGGAGCUGCACUCUGAGAUGCAGCUGGAAGAGGGACGUCGACGCAACUCGCACAACACACCCAAGACCAACACUCCCGCUGGAGGCCGUCACGACCGGGAGACGGGCCCAAGAAACCAUCAUGGCGGCUCCCAGCCUCAGAGAAGACCUCUUAUGGUCCCCUCCAUUGAUGGCUACAGGGACCGGGACCGCCGCUCUCCCACGUACUACGAUGAGUCCGAGCCUGAGGAGUCCUUCCGGAUCUUUGUGGCCCUCUUUGACUACGACCCUCUGUCCAUGUCCCCCAACCCAGAUGCAGCUGAUGAGGAGCUGCCCUUCAAAGAGGGGCAGAUCAUUAGGGUGUACGGUGAUAAAGACACAGACGGGUUUUACAGAGCAGAAGUGAGGGGCAGGAUGGGGCUCAUCCCCUGUAACAUGGUGUCAGAGAUCAGAGCGGAGGACGAGGAGACCAUGGACCAGCUCAUCAAACAGGGCUUCCUGCCUCUCAGCACCCCUGUGGACAGAUUAGAGCAGCACAGAAGAGGCCUGCGCCGAGAUCAGGCCUCGAGGAGAAUGGUGGCCCUGUACGACUACGACCCCCGAGAGAGCUCCCCUAAUGUCGAUGUCGAGGCCGAGUUGACCUUCUGUGCCGGUGACAUCAUGGCUGUGUUUGGAGACAUUGAUGAAGACGGAUUCCAUUAUGGCGAGAUGAACGGCCACCGCGGCCUGGUGCCCUCUAACUUCCUGGAAGAAGUGCCUGAUGACGUGGAGGUGUAUCUGACCGAUACUCCGUCCCACUACCCCCAGGAAGAGCCUGCCAACCGGCCCCCUGCCAAUUCUGCCUCCACCGUCUCAGAGGGCAAACGGGUGACCACAGAAACCGCCGACGCGGUCGACAACGACGCCACACCUGUUCGAGCACCGUCCCCCAUUGUUCGGCCCCUCCUCCCAGGCACCAUGAGACCCCUCAGCCCCAUGAGGAGCCCCCACAUCCCACUGGAUUCCCGAGACCCCCGGGACCUAGAUCUGGCAAACAAGAAGAAGAAAGGAUUACUUUCCAAGGGGAAGAAGCUCCUGAAGAGACUCUCCCCUGUGAAAUAAAAGGGAGGAAAAAAAGCAUACAUGUACAAUAUGUGCACAGGCUCUGAAUAUUGCAUCCACACAAUCAACUCUGAUCCAACAACACAUGACGGAGAGGAUGUGAGCCGCGUCUCUCGGACUGCGCGAGCCUAUUUUAAUAUAACCAGUGAUAGUUAUUCAUGUACGGUGAUGGAUACAAAUUAACUCAAUUAUGUAUAGUGCAGUGCCAAAAUCAAGAGAGAGGUCACCUGCGGACACAAAAUCAUAUGACUGUGAUGUAUUUUAAAACAACGGAUAAUUUAAGGUAAAAAAAACAAAACUAGGAUUUUCAUGACGUACUUUUCUUUUUUUCUUAAUCAUGAGUCAAAGAAACUGUCCAAUUGUUUCAAGCAGGGUAGCUGUGAAAACAAAGCAUCUGGGUACGCAUCUAUGUUUCUAAUGGGCUUUUUUCUUAGCAAAAAAAAAAAACCCCACAUCAACUUUGCGGAGUAUUGAUGUCACGACAAGGAAACGGAGACCACGGUCCUCUCAGAGCAUCUCAAAUAGACUACACUGUUAUCAAAGCAUUCUGUGAAGUAAUGCUGGCUGCUAACUCAAAGCCUUUAUUCAGUGCAAUAUCAUGGAGAGGCGGUAGCAUAUGUGGGAAGAAAAGAAACAUUUCCACUUGUACCUGUGAUUUCAUAGGAGUGGAGUUCUUCUGUGAUGAAAGGAAGACAAAAACAUCAAGAAUAUCAGAUUGGCAACAGGGCAUUAACGUCAGAGGCGAGCUUAGCCGUCUCAGUGGCCUUUAUGAGAACAAUACGAGCCUGACAUUCCUCAGUUGAUUUACACCAGGCUUUUUGUGUCAUGACGGCAUCUUGUGCUUUGUCAUUUUUGAAAAAAAUUAAACAAGAGCAGAAAUGUUUGUUGUCCUUGUCAAACUGUCAUGAAACGCCUAGUUCAAGACUAAAUUGUGUGUCUGUGUUCCUAUUGCACAAAGAUGGGUGUUUUGAUGGGUAAAAGACAUGUUUUGUGUGCCUGUGUGUGUGUGUGUGUGUGUGUGUGUGUGUGUGUGAGGCAGUGUGUGAUGCGUUCAUGUUUUGCACCUUUCACGUUUGUCUUUCACUUCUAUGUUUUGCUUUUCUGAAAGAGAGGCCAUGUAGUUCUCGGUCCUGUGAUGAGGUGAUGUGCUGCUACCUCCGUGGCCUGUGCACCGCUCGGUUCUGUUGUCUCAAGUUGAUCUCGAGGGCCACGGUAAAUCCUCGGAGAAAUCCCAAAUCAAAAUGUCAAGGUGUGCAUUGUUCACUGGGCCUGUCGAGAAAAAUCACAAACGUAUUUAAUAUGUCCUUUUGUGCUCUACAUGACUUAUACUGACAGUAUAUAAGGACUAUAGCAUAACAAGUUAACAUGUUUCACAGCCUAUAUAUAUAUAUAUAUAUAUAAAAGGGAGCUUGGUACAGAACUGACUUUUACUUUAUUCCUAUGAUCUCGGAUAAUUUCACAAUUUCUGAAUCCAGCACUUGUACUCAAAGCCUGAGUCUGGCGACACUAAUCAAUAAUGUCGAUAUUCCAUUGUUGCUCCAUUUUGACUCACUGAAUGUUUCAUAUAUUGUAAUCAAGUCUUCAGAAUCAACCAAACCUAUUUGCAUAUUGCCACUAUAGAUAACAUGUGAUCAGAUUGGUGAGAACUAUAAUAUCCUUAAGUCAGUUUCUCAUUCAUUGUUGAAAUGUGUCUUUAUUGCAACAUAGAUGAUGCUGCAUUGAGUGAGAAAAUACUGAAUUUAGUGUUUUAUGUGAUCAUUGAUUUUCUAACUACAGCAUUUCACUUCUGUUAUUCAAUUCAAAUCCAACCCAUAAACUUUGUCUUAAUUUUUAAUUCCAUCUUUUAAUUUAUUUUGCCGGUUUUCUCAUAUCGGUAGAAUAGGAAAGCCUGCAGGUCGGAGAGCAGAUCGAAUUCUAAAAUGUAACAACAAUUAAAAGACAAAAUGAAUGAGUGAAAAUUCCUAGUGCAAAGCUAAACUUAUAUCUCAUUGAUCACAUAAAGUCACAGCAAAUAACUGACAUGUAUUGAUCCGGUGGCCCAAACACAACCAAACCUCACUGUCCUACCUCAGCUUCUGACUCUCAAGGAGACGCUCAUUAUGUGUGUUAAUUAUAUGAGAUUAUAGAAAUAAUAAGUUGGAAUUUCAUAUUUAAAAAGCAAAUAUAAUGAGUUGGAUUGGUAAAGUAAUACUGUACCAACAUGCUGUGUGCCGUGAAGGUGACUGAUAGUGCUCAGUUACAAACUGGAGGGAUGGAACGUCUCAUAGCUUUAAUAAUUGAAAAACUUGCUUUGUGUUGUGUUAAAUAUCCAUUCUGUCCCUUGUUUCAACUUGCACUCAAGGAUUCUCUCUGCUCAUUAUUUGUUAAUAUUAUUGAUUCAAUGCAAUGCGUGUUUGCCAAAAUGGAAUGUACGAAAGGUUCAGCUGGUAAAAGGUUUCCAUGAUUUUGGUUCCAAAGCUAUUCAUGUUUAGUUUCUCAUUCACAAAAUCACAACCUUGAAUAUCUGUACCACGGUGUCCCAGUACCAACUCAUUCGCCUGUGAAUGGGUGUCGUGUCUCUAAACGCUGUCGUUCUUUUGUACUUUGAUCCAUUUGCAGAUCAUUUAUAAAUGUUUCUACGACAGCUCUUCUUUUGUGCGUGCGCCGACAUUCCUUCCACCUGUAGCCGACUGCGAGCAUUCUCCAUGGUGUCCUUUGAAAUCAGAUGUAUCAGUCCACCGUAUGUGCUCGCUUUGUGAAUCAAGGUUUUAAAAAAGAAAACAAGAAACAGAGAAAUCAUUGGACAGUAUUUAUGGUGAUCAUUAUGUAUGGGUGUGCAUGUGAAAAAAUGCAACUUUUAUAACCAAAUUAAAUUUGAUAUUUUUUUGGAAGCUA